AUGAAAAAGAAAGCAGUGAAAAAGGAAGCGGUGAAAAAGGAAGCAGUGAACAAGGAAGCGGUGAAAAAGGAAGCAGUGAAAAAGGAAGCGGUGAAAAAGGAAGCGGUGAAAAAGGAAGCAGAGAAAAAGGAAGCAGUGAAAAAGGAAGCGGUGAAAAAGGAAGUGGAGAAAAAGGAAACAAGAGCAAUGAAAAAGGAAGCGGUGAAAAAGGAAGUGGUGAAAAAGGAAGUGGAGAGAAAGGAAACAAGAGCAAUGAAAAAGGAAGCAGUGAAAAAGGAAGCGGUGAAAAAGGAAGCGGUGAAAAAGGAAGCAGUGAAAAAGGAAGCAGUGAAAAAGGAAACGGUGAAAAAGGAAGUGGAGAAAAAGGAAACAAGAGCAAUGAAAAAGGAAGCGGUGAAAAAGGAAGCAGUGAAAAAGGAAGUGGUGAAAAAGGAAGUGGAGAAAAAGGAAGUGGAGAAAAAGGAAACAAGAGCAAUGAAAAAGGAAGCGGUGAAAAAGGAAGUGGUGAAAAAGGAAGUGGAAAAAAAGGAAACAAGAGCAAUGAAAAAGGAAGCAGUGAAAAAGGAAGCAGUGAAAAAGGAAAUAGUGAAAAAGGAAGCAGUGAAAAAGGAAGCGGUGAAAAAGGAAGUGGAGAAAAAGGAAACAAGAGCAAUGAAAAAGGAAGCGGUGAAAAAGGAAGCAGUGAAAAAGGAAGUGGUGAAAAAGGAAGUGGAGAAAAAGGAAACAAGAGCAAUGAAAAAGGAAGCGGUGAAAAAGGAAGCGGUGAAAAAGGAAGUGGUGAAAAAGGAAACAAGAGCAAUCAAAAAGGAAGCGGUGAAAAAGGAAGUGGUGAAAAAGGAAGCAGUGAAAAAGGAAGCAGUGGAAAAGGAAGUGGUGAAAAAAAAAGCGGUGAUAAAAAAGCGGUGA